AUGUUAGCAGAGGCAAUCUUCAAUUCUUCGAGCCCUUCGCCUGUACACAUAUUCUUGUUAUUGUUUUGCAUUUUCUGUCUUUACCACUUGCAUCUGAUCUUGAACAUGUCCGAUGACGAGGAAUACUACGAGUACGAGGAGGACUUCCUGUACGAGGAUUUAGUCCCAGACUUGGUGGACGACCUCGCCGCCUCAUCCUACUACGAAGCCGCUUUGUACGAAGACCCAGCAAUCGACGUUGAAGACUACUUCAGCGACUGGGACUACUAUUCAGACGAUCACUACGAUGACGAUCCAACUGCCGAACGAAGCGCCGAACGAAAGAAGCGAACCGAUCUCGCAGCUGCCGCGAAGCGAAGAACAAAGGGCCCCUCCCGCAAGACGACCACCAUCCCCACGAAAUCUCCUCUGUGCCCAGACCCGGCGACUUUCCAGGGCGUGUUGUGGAAAACACCCGCCCUGGAUCGCGACCAGGACGUCUCUAUUCUGUACGAGCCCGAGACGGGUGAAAAAGUGGCGCUGCUAGCGAAUUGGCGCGAGGUUUUCAAAUCUGCGCAGCCUGCGCUGGAUAAAUCGAAAUUGAAAAGAAGACAUGUGGAAGCUAGACUGGACGAGGCGGAUAAUGAGAUGUCCGAGGAUGAGGAAUCAAGCGAGGAAUUUGGUGACGAGGAGCCUGAUACCUCGGACGAAAUGUCUGAUGCGGAAUCACAGCUUUCGGCGGUUGACACUGGAGAUGCUUCAAACACGACGCCUGACCCGGAGCCGGAUGCUCGUGUGCUGAAGCUGGCGUCACCGCCCAAGGUUGUGAUUCCUGUCAUUUCUAUGGCUUCGGAGACACCUGCGACUCAGUCGCCGGUGGAUCCGGUAGCUCCUACCAAGGGCGCAAAGAGGGGGCGCAAGCGAAAGGCUGUCCAGCAGGAAGAAGCGGCUGAGGAGGAUGCGAAGCCUCGAGCUAAGAGGAUUGAGUCGCGGAAGGGAGGUGGUGAGCGGACAGAUUCGCCUGCGCCGGUGCGUAGGUCGGGUAGGCAAAAGAAGUAA